UCCUAGGAGAGCCUUUGAUGGAUUACCUCCGAUCCAUAAUGUACUGCACAGAAUGGUCAAAAAUGAAAAGACAUUAUAAUGUUAAACACCAAGCUUUUGAGAAGCAGUUCGAUUCUAAUCGGAUGGCUCCCAGCGCUUCCAGAUGGGGAAUAAGCAAUAUUAAAGACAAGAAAGCGCUACAGUCGUUUUCUUUAUAAAUGUCCGGAUAAAACUGAAGACUACAGGUUUAUAGUGUUCCGACAGAUGUGAGCCAUCCUCUAGCGUUACUCCCUAGUGGGAAUGUGGCAGCGCAGUAGAGGGGCUGCAUCCUGACGUCUGGCCAGCAGUCACGUAGUGAACGAAGGGGAACCGAGCCCCCUUAUUACUUAGUUCACAGCGCCUUGUGCGGACGGCACACUAACGCAAAAAGCCGUGCACGUAACUUUGACAGCAAGGCUCCAGUUUCAGUAUGUUAAACAUCUGGUGCACAGCGCCGAAACAGAUUUGCGACGCGUCUAUUUAAUUUGCACAACUGUUUUGGAACUGCGUUAUUUUUUUAAAAAAAUUCCGCUAAUGUGAUUUUUGCCCCAUUGGAAUGAUGUGGACGUUUCAUGACUGUAUUGGAAUUGUUUUCUUUUCCAGUUUCUGUAUCCAGGUCGGUGUUUCCUUUAACGGAAAGUUUACUGAAAUGCCGUCAAAUGUUACUGCCAAGGAAGGUCAAAACAUCGAAAUGGCGUGCGCCUUUCAAAGCGGGACGUCCUCUGUUUACUUGGAGAUUCAGUGGUGGUUCAUUAAACCGCCGGAGGAGCGGAACGCCAGCGAGGGGGACAGUGACACGCAGAUGGAAAUUACGCCACCCGACCUGGAUGACGAGGGGACAAAAAUUAGCACCGUAAGGGUGCAAGGAACCGACAUCUCUCACAAGCUGCAAGUAUCCAGAGUGGAAAAAAGUGACGAGGGUUUGUACGAGUGCCGAGUCACGGACGCCAACUACGGGGAGCUGCGAGAAUACAAGGUGCAGGCCCACCUGCACGUGAACGGCACGGCUCAGCUGCGAAACAAGGCGGUGAAGAAAACAGCGCCGCUGCACCUGACGGACAAAAAGCCCCGCAAAGCCAACCACGCCGGGCCUCACGACGGCGCAGGGUCCGAGCAGCGAGUGCGCUCUACCUCUAGCUCUCAGACUAAAUCAGCCAAAACAGGGAAACACAGUCACGGAUCAGGUACGAGGAUAGCUGCAAGCCACGGACUUGCUCUGGUGCUUCUCGCGUGUGGCUUUGUGAGGGGAGCUUUGUUGUAGUCCCCAGAGUUGACUCUUUCCGAUAUCACUUUCUCUUCGUAAAGCUAGAGAAAAUCGCCGGUUCUUUCCAUGGAACGGACAGCACAGUUGGCCCAGAAUUCCAGCCAUCGCUCUGCCCCCCCCCCCCCUCCCCCCACCCCACAUUCAGAUUUCAGACACGAGAAGUAAUAAAUCUUUACCAGGACUUUUUUAAAAAUAAAUUAUUUCAGAAGUACAGGUACAUUAAUUGUGACAGUAUCCAGAAUAUAUUUAAAACUUGUUUAUCUCUAUAUUGUGGUUAUUGUUAAGCUCGCAUUUUGCCCAGUUUCUCUUAAUGUUGAAGAAGUAAAUAAGUCAUGUCUACUGUGAUUCAGACGGUUUAGCUGUGUAAACUUUUUUUUGUUAAAAUAUGGAUUUUUUUUCUGUUAUAAAUGACAAAUUCUGUAAUUCAUUUUCAUCUUUUCCACAUGAGUUUGGUUUUAAUUGUUUGUAGGGGCACAUUUCCUGAUAUAAUAAAUGUCACUUUUCUGUUAUAACAAUUUUUGGGAUAAUUUUUUAACGUGUUAAUAUAUCAUUAAAAUGAAAAGUAUAGAAGUACCAUUUGCUAGUAUUCUGAAGUGUUUGGAAUAAAUGGGUAACGUGGAAAAGGCUUUGAUUUCUGCUCUGACUGGGGAAAAUUUCCUGUCCCCCUAAAUUUCAUGCAAAUGUCAUUUAAUUUAUUUGGUAAAUUCAUUCUGAAUCAUGAUCUUCAUGUUUUACCUCUGCUUUGUGAACCCAACCUAAAUAUCCAGAAGAAUAUGCUCCCUGCACCUAAUUUCCAUGACGCUCUGACAAUCAUGUAACCCCGUUCAAAGGAAUAUAUUUCAUGUCGAGUUUUUCAUUCUAAAAUUAGAAAUACAUUUCCUCACAUGAUAGACCGACUUUUUUUAAAUAUGUUUUCAGGAAACAAAUUCCAUGGUGGGAAUAUUGAAAAGAAAUUGAAAUAUCUCUGAGAAUGUGUUGGUAUGCAUUUUACCAGGUCAAAUUGUGUACAUACAUUUAAUUCAAUUUAUUUAUAUAAUGAAAAUGGUAUCAAGUAAGUCAGCCUGGAUAACUGCCAUUGGUUGCAGCCCCCACCCUGGUAGUCAGACCAUUACUGUACAGUCAAGUAUGGCUUCCUGUUUCUUAUCUAGUCACCCAAAUAUUCAUUUUCCCUUCAUUUUGCACUUUAUCUUUCUAUCUGCUGUUAUUAUUAAUAACACGUACAUAUUUUGUAUGUUUACAUAUUACACAUACAUAUGUACACGGAGGACAUAAGUACCUUUGAAUAAACAUAAACAUAUGAUUCAUAUAAGCAGUGUAUACAACACAUAUAUCAUAAAUAACACAUUUGAAUUUUAAAGGUAGAUAGCUUUAUAUUAAAAAAUCAGUCUUUGACCAGAAGUUAUCAGGCAUGCCAGAAUAAAAUAUAAGACAAAAAUGUUGAAAUACUUGCAUAAAAUAAAUUCAUGCAGCAAUAAUUUAUGAAGCUCACAAAAUAUGUAGCUAGUUAGAACAAGGUGAAGUAAUAAAAAAAAGGAAAACGUACAGUCCAAUAUUUUUAGUAUAUAUAUAAUUAUAUGUUAUGAAAAUGAGUUUAUUUUUCCAAAGAUUAAUUUGGACUGAAUGACUGACUUAUAUUAAAUAGUACAUAGUAACAUUUUCUCCCUCUUUUGUUAAAAGCAUUAAAAAAAAAUUUGGUUUUGAUUUGAACUAAGCAUUUGAUCACGAUGUAUAUUUUGGUAAUAAGAAAGAAUUAAACUAGAGGAAAAUAUAUAGAGAAUGAUGUAUGCAUUGCAGUGUUGGACUCCAUUAUGUGCUGCUUAAGAUGUCUCAUAAAAUUGGUUAUUGUCUUUGAUUUUAAAGCCUUUUGAUGUCUGUAUAUUUUUUGUCUGCGAAAUGGUUAUGUUAAAAAUUAAAUCUCAGUAGAAAAUCUUUAUAGUGUUUAGGCUACUGAGUCCAUAAUUUAUUUUCCAUCAAAAGUGUAUAAUAAUUAUUUAGAUUAAUUGACUGUCAUCAUCAGGUCAUGACUGUCAUGCUGGUCCCUCUGAUAAUAGCCUUUGGAGAACCUGCAAAAUGAAUUUCCCCUGCAGUCUUUGCCAUAUCAGCUCGAUUUCCUGAUGGGGGCGAGAGGUUCUCAUUCAGCUUAUUGCACGACCUAUUUAAAAUCUCCUCUUCUCGUAAAAGAGAAAAUAUGGCAGUCGAUAGUCAACACCCUAGAAAGAACUAGAGCAGUGUUUCCCAACCGGGUCCUCAGGGACCC